GCUGUGCACAAGCGGUACCUGCGGUGUCCGGCAGCGGUGCAGGUGUCACACUUGGAGAAGUUCAUCCGCCUCAAGUACGGCCUCCAGCCCGCCACGCACAGGGUGGACAUCAUGCACGGCGAGGACUGCCUGAUGGGCGAGCUGACGCUGCUCGACGUGGUGUACAUGUACAAGUGGACGGAGGACGCCCCGCUGCGGCUCCUCUACACGGUCACGGCCAUCCCGCAGUCCCGCAAGCGGCCCAGGAUCAACGGCACGCGGUCCAUCACCGCCGCCGACUCGGACGCGCCGCCGCCGAAGCUCCCCCGGACGCAGGCGCCGCAGGAGGUGAGCCAGACGCCCCCCGCCGGCUCCUCCGUCGUGCCGGUGCCCGCGAAGCCGCCCUGCGUCCAGGAGCAGGGCGGGGACGAGCCCAUGGAGACCGAGGCGGGCGUGAAGGAGGCGCCGACGACGGAGCCCGAGAAGAAGCCGGCCGUAACGCUGAGCUGCGCGCCCGCGGGCGUGAGCGCCGCGACGCAACCGCAGCAGACGACGGGCGUCGCCAUCGCGUCCUCCGCCGCCAAGCCACAGGCCGCCCAGGUGGUCGGCGCCGCCCUCACGUCGGCCCCCGUGGCGUCGCGGGGCCGCCCGGCUGUCACCACCACCACGCCGGCCACCACCACCCCCAGGGUGGCCCUGCCGCACCCCCCGAAGGCCCUGCACGGCGCAUCCAGUGCCUCGCCUGGCGCCGCCCCCGCGCCCGCCGUCGCCACCGCCGCGCUGUGCGCCACGACCGCCUCCGCCGGCGCUGCGGCCCCCCGCGCCCGGGCGAACGCAGGCCGCCCGCCCCCUCGUCAACGGCAUCGCCGACGGCGCCGCCAAGCCGCAGGGCCCGCCGGCGGCCCAGCCCAACAAGGUGCCGCAGCCCAUCAUCCCGACGCGGCCGCGGCUCGGCGGCCGCCCAACGCCUCCCGCAUCGCGGCGGUCAACAUGAGGCCGCCCGGACCGAGGCUGGGCGACGCGCGGCCCCCCGCCCCCCCGCGCCGGCCGCCAAGAUGGCGCCGCAGCCGCAGGCGGGCGCCGGCAGGGCAGCCCCACCGUGUCCGCCAGCCUCAGCGUGCAGAACCGCCUGAUCAGCAUCAGCGGCCCGCCCGUGCGCCCCAACUCCGCCAAGGUGUCGGUCAAGCGCCCUGGCGACGGCCGGGCGAGCGAGGCCGGCGGGGCCCCGCAGGAGGGCCCUGCCGCCGCGGGGGCCCGCCCCCCGCCCCCGCCACCUCCGCGCUACUUCCACCACGACGGCGGUGCAGAGCUUUCCUCCCGGCGGCUACGCAGAGACUCCCCGGCAGCGGCAUAGCGCCCCCAGCGGCCUCAAGGCGCCCCUGGCGGCCCUCGCCCCGCGGGCCCCUCUACCGCCUCCGCGCCGCGUCCGGGAGCGCCCGCCACGCAGCGCCCCUCGUUGGCCGGCGUCCCGCGGCCCCCGACGCCCUCCCCCGCGCCCGGCCGCCCCUGCGACGCAGCGACCUUCGGGACCGGCCGCCCUUCGCCCGGGCGCGCCCGCCCCACAGCGCCAUCCCGGUGCUGCGGGGGCCCCGCGCCCCGGCACCCCCGGCACUCAGCGGCCCGGGCAUGCCGCCUUCCCCCGCCGGCGCGGCCGCCGCCCCGCGCCCCGGUGCCCCCGCCGCGCAGCGCCCGCCAGCCAGCGGCCCGCGGCCCGCCGGCGCCUCGCCCGCGCAGCGCCCUCACCUUGCGCCCGGGGCACAGCGCCCGCAAGGCGUGUCCCCGGGAAUGGCCGCCAUGCAGCGUCCUGCCUCCGCCGCGGCGCGCCCUUCCGGCACGCCCGUGUCCUCCAAGACGCCCAAUGGUACCGUCCACCCACGGCCGCCCCCGUCGGCGGGCGCGCAGACGCAGCGCUCGCAGGCGACUCAGUGCGCGGCCAGACUCGCGGACGGCAGCGGCCCCCAGCGCCCGCCCGCCCCUGCGGCCUCCCCGCGCCCGGCCACGCCCAAGACGCCCUCGCACGACGGCUCGGCGCCCUCGCCGCAGCCGCCCGCUACGCCACCCGCCUCCCGCUCCACGCCCUCGCCUAGGGCGCUGCCCGGCGCCGGCAUGGCGUAUGCAAGCGGGCCGCCCACGCCCUCCGCCGGCGCGCCCCAGCUGCAGUCGAAGGGCGGCGCGCCCGCCUCCGUCGGCGGGUGCAACAAGCAGAGCAUGGGCCGCCCUCCCGUGUCCAGCGCCCAGGCCCGCCCCCGCAGCCCGCCGCCCACCCCAGUGCCAAAAACCCGCCCAGCAAGACGCCGCAGCAGUCCCCCUCGGGCGUGAAAAGCUCGCCCAAGUCGCCCGGCGAGGGCGCGGGGCGCGCGCCGGCUCGCCCACCAUCCUGAGCAUCGCC